AUAACACAAAAUUAGCACACAUAACCUAAGUACAGUGGUGUCCAGCCACUUUUCUCUGACAGCCAUAAUUUCAAGAUCCAAAUAUUGCUUAUUGAAAUUUGUUUAUUUCAGAUCUAUGAAACAAUGUGUUUCUUCAGUAUAAUUCUGUCAAAAUCAUUUGAAUCGUGGAAUCCACUUUGUGGUUGGCAGUAAAUUGGAACUUGCCACCGAAGCUUCUAGCAGAUAGUCUCGAAGUAGCUAAGGACUUCUGGUCAACUUUGCUUGUGAUAAUCCAAGAAUCAAAAUAGCUCAAUUCAAGAAUUGCUCACAACCUGAAAAAAAAAAGUCGAAAACUUUGAGGUAAAGGGUUGUGGUAAUUUGGAUUUCUUGAUUAAUUUCAGCUAAAUGGGUAAAGGAGGGGGUUGUAUGCCAACCAAGAACAAGUUUCCUAUAAAUGAACCAUCAGCAGAGAGACCAGUGAUUCAAACUGAUAUAACAACAGGGUCAGAAGCAGAAUGGUCCAAGAAGUUGAGAAUAUUCAUUGUGUUUUAUUCAAUGUAUGGACAUGUUGAAACAUUAGCAAGAAGGAUGAAAAAGGGGGUUGAUGGGAUUGAAGGUGUUGAAGGGGUUUUGUAUAUGGUUCCUGAAAUUUUGGCACCAGAUGUUUUGGAACAAAUGAAAGUUCCCCCAAAAAAUGAUGACAUUCCAGUAAUAUCUGUGGAUGAACUGAUUGAAGCUGAUGGAUUCUUGUUUGGAUUUCCUACAAGAUAUGGAUGUAUGGCAGCUCAAAUGAAGGCAUUUUUUGACUCGACCGGGAAGUUGUGGAGAGAACAGAAGCUUGCUGGAUUGCCUGCAGGGUUCUUUGUCAGUACUGGUACACAAGGAGGAGGGCAGGAGACCACCUCCUGGACAGCAGUGACUCAAUUAGCUCACCAUGGGAUGCUGUAUGUUCCAAUAGGAUACACAUUUGGUGCAGGAAUGUUUAGAAUGGAUUCAAUAAGUGGAGGUUCUCCCUAUGGAGCAGGAACUUUCUCGGGUGAUGGUAGCAGGGAACCUAGUGAGCCAGAGUUGGCCCUGGCUGAGCACCAGGGCAAGUGCAUGGCAAUGACAGUUAAAAGAUUGGCUCAGUAACAUUCCUUACCACCUACCUGAUAAUGCCAGUUUUAGAAAUUGAAAAAUGUCCAACUUUCCCCAAUGAAAUGUCUUAAUUUUAAGUCAUUCAUACCUUUGUAAUUAAGCAAAUCAUCUUUGCCUUCAACAAAGUUCCAAAGUGAACCGGAUGAUGAGGUAUCAAUCAAUUUACCUUUCUACUUUUCACUUUUCUGCCCUUCAAAAGUAUAUCACAUUAGUAAACUCAACAUCUUCCAUAUAGUAGAAUUGUAAUUUUUGUCCAUUCCUAAACGCAUGUAUCAAAAUCUGUGUGUUCAUGUUUUUUUUUUCUUUUAUUAAUUUGAUCUUAGAGGGAAGGAGAGGAUGGAAUUUGAUGUACUAUAAAGUAUCAAAUAAACUAUAAUUUAUGAAAA